AUGAAUGACACAGCAUCCGUUAAUGCAUGGGAUGAAACCGGCCAAAGCUAUCCUUCACCGAACAGAGAAGAAUUUCAGUGGAUUCGCAAAAGGUUUGGGAACAGCAAGAUCUCGCUAUCUCGAUGGUUCACAUGCAUUGAGACCCACAAUCCGCCAAAGCCGAUUCCUCUUACCCUAGGACGCAUGCCGGUGAUGUCCGUGGAAGUCAAUGAAAGCUUUAUUGAGCCAUUGCCCGAAGCACCUUAUCCUAACCCACGAUUACCAGACCCUUAUCACCACUUGCGCUGUCCGCCGAUGGAAGUUCCAACAGAUACAGACAAAAUUACUAUCCUUGAAGCUUUGAAGCUGUUAGCAAAUGUACGUGCCGUGGUGUAUCUGCCUUCAUGGACUGUCAUUGAGCUUGAAUACAGAGAUUCACGGCUUUAUGAACCCAUGUCCCUUCCCGGAAUUGUUGCUGGACGCACAAGCCUCUAUCACUAUGCAGAAAUCCUCUCCUACAGGUGA